AUGUCUCAGAAUACAAGACUCUCAAUGACUUCCUCCCUACAUGAUACACGAUAUGCUAGGCGAACAUCGAUUGUAGAAAGGAAUCUAAACAAGAGUAGAUCAGCCGAGGUCGGACUGAGCGCCUUCGCUUUCUUAUUUUCGGAAAUGCUGCAGUAUACACAGAAGCGUGUUCAGGGUAUUCAAGAUCUCGAACGAAAAUUGAAUGAUUUUGGCUAUCGUGUUGGUACACGAUUUUUGGAGCUGAUUACGUGGCGGGAGAAGAACAACAGGCGAGAAAUAACCGUAUUGGACAUCCUAUAUUUUAUUCACACGACCGUAUGGAAGGCACUGUUUGGAAAACAGGCUGAUUCGCUUGAGAAGAGUACAGAAAAUAAUGAUGAAUACAUGAUUUCAGAUAACGAACCGAUAAUUAGUAAAUUUAUUUCCGUACCGAAAGAUUUGGCAUCCUUGAAUUGCGGAGCAUUCUUGGCGGGAAUUGUGGAAGCCAUCCUGGACGGGUCACAGUUUCCUGCCCGUGUCACAUCACAUACGCUUCCAAUAGAAGGAUAUCCUUUACGCACGACAAUAUUAAUAAAGCUGGACGCGGAAGUAUUAUUGCGUGAAGAGCAGCUCAAAUAG